CAGCCCGUGCGCGAGGAAGGACCGCGCGGGCACCUGACCGGCGCGAAGUCCACGACGCCCACGCUCGGCGGGCUCGCGUUCGUGCCCGCGGGGUGCGUGACCGCGAUGGCGUUUACGACGUUUGCCGAUCCGGUGGUGGUCGCGACGUGUCUGACCACGCUCGGGUUUCUCUCCAUCGGCGCGUUCGACGACGUCCAGAAGCUCCUGUCGAAGAACAACGCCCGCGGGUUAUCCCCGUACGCGAAGCUCGGGCUGCAGUCCGCGGUCGCGACGAGCUUCGUGGCGUGGCUCUCGAGCGGCGUCGCGGCGCCGCCUCCGAGCACAGCGGUGGCGUUGGGGCCGUGGAUGGGCGCGUGGAGCGUCGUCGACCUCGGAUCGCUGUUCUGGGCGCUCUCCGCGUUCGCGAUGGUGUCCGAGAGCAACGCGGUGAAUAUCACGGACGGGUUGGACGGGCUCGCCGCGGCGACCGCGGCGAUCGCGCUCGUCGGGACGGGGAUCGCGCUCGUCGCGUCCGGGCAGAGCGAGCUCGCGGCGUUUUCGAUAUCCCUCGGCGGCGCCGCCGCGGGGUUUCUCGUCGUGAAUCGUCACCCCGCGGACAUGUUCAUGGGCGACGCCGGGUCGUUGGCGUUGGGGGGUGCGUUAGGCGCGGUCGCCGCCGCCGCGGGCGGGGCCGCGACGCUGCCGCUGGUGGUCACCACCGCGGUGUUCAUCGCCGAGACGGUGUCGGUGAUCGCGCAGGUGUCGUGGUUCAAGUGGACGAAGAAGAAAACGGGGCAAGGGGAGCGGUUACUGCGUAUGGCGCCGCUGCAUCACCACUUGGAGCUAGGGGGGUGGGGGGAGCUGAAGGUUGUCGCGACGUUGACCGCGUGCGCGGGCGCGUGCGCGGUGCUC